AUGUCGGUAGAGAUACCUGGGAAAACACGGAAAUGCGAAUAUUCCUUGUCGUCGGUACUGAAAAUUUUUCAGGAAUCAGUCAAGAGCCAGUGCAGGCCCUGUAACUGGAUCGACCGAUACAGACUCAUAAACAAGGAAGCUUUAUCCCUUCUUCGAAAUAUGGGAGGGGAAAUCAUCGCAGAGAGGGUGCCCUUCCCAAUGUCGCUGUAUGCUUCGAUCGAGGAGGCUCAGUCGGAGGUCAAGAUAAGAUUCUUGCAAGAGACUACUGAGGAGAUUAUCGAUCUGUUCGAUCGCAAUUUGGAGGCAGUGACGUGGGAUAAACGAAAAGUGGACAAUUUUCUGAACGUCCUUGACAGGCAGUCUCGCGGCCUUAAAGCAUGUCUGGAGAGCUCCGAACGAAAGCCUGCAGAGUUCCCAUAUGAACGAAGACUGAGUCGGUAUUUUCGAAAGCUGAGGAAGAACAUUCUAAAAAGAAAGAACUACAGCGCAGAGUCAUGGGAGCAGAUCAGAAAAACAGUGGAGACUCACCUGCUGAGGCUGGAGUUCAUCGCUGCCGCUUUGAAAGAGGUGUAG